GUCAGCAUCAAGAGGAAUCUUCGCUGCACAUUCUCACACGUGCCAACUCGCCAUGAUACUCGUACUCGCCUUCUUCGCAUAAGACUGUGUUAUUCACUUGCUCCACGAGCACGAUCGGGCCGGUGCUCCCUCACUCGCUGCAAUCAUGGAAUCCUCACCGGACGAGCAACGGGAGUUGUCACUGGUCGGCAAGGUCGAGCUGAAGAUCGCCUUGACCGACACAGACGCCAAGCUCGAGGCGAUUCUGAAGACCUACCUGGCGCCAGUGCUACUCAAACUGGGCUCCCCCCAUGAAAGCGUCCGCAGAAAGGUCAUCUCCAUCUGUCAGCAUGUCAAUACGCGUGUGCAACCCAAGUCGAUACAACUUCCCGUUGCGGCACUCGUCAAGCAAUUCCAGCAGCAAGAAAGCCCUCUCAUUCGCCACUUUGAUCUCCUCUAUAUCCAGCAGGGCGUGGUCCGGUUGUCCAACGCCGAGAAAGCUGAUCUCCUGCCCGUCGUAGUCAGUGGAAUUGCGCAGACGGGUCAGCAUGGAUCUCAGAUCUUCUAUCUCCUGCUACGGAUAUUGCCGUCGAUUGUGAUCCCACCACGCGGAUCCAAAAAGGAUCUGGAACUACGGACGGACCUUUCCGUUUCUGAUGAAGAUGCUACAUAUCUCGCUUCAUACCUGGGUAAGCUGAUCCUGUUUACGCCUCAAAAGCCGUCGGGAAACGCAUCAGUCACUUGCCCGGGGUUGACAAGCGAAGACUAUGCCUUCUUGAGCAUGAAUGGAAAGGACGAAUGGAACCCUGCUGCGGGAGGCUUAAAUCUACUACAAACAAAGACCCUUGGUGCAAAGCUUCUCGCCAGUGGGAUAUUUACUGAUCAGGAUCGCUUUCUACCUGCGCUGUACGCUUCGGCUGAUCCCGCGUCACCAAUCAGUGAUGUCGGCGAUGACAUCCUCAAAAGGGCCUUACCUGUCACGGAUUUGGAGGACGAGACUUUGAUCAAUCACCUCUACGACUUGUACUUCGGCAAAGGCACAGCGCCUCGAGUCAGACCACCGCUCCGCAUCAAGAUUCUCAAUUUGUUCGCCAAGUCCACGAGAAGCACCACUUUUGACAACAGAAUCAUCAGAUUGGUCGAGGAUGGUCUCUCUACCACUCCCGAUGGCGAGGACACGGUGAUGUCGAAUGGUCCCGUGCAGAACUCCAACAUUAGCAGGGAGACGCUCAAGCUCCGAGCAGCUAUCUUCACAUACAUUAACUUUGUUGCUCGCCUUGGCGACAGGGAUACGGUGCAAACUAUUGCCACGCGGGUGGUUACGAAAUUGCGAGACUUUGUGGAGCAUCAGGGCUGGCCGAAGAUUGGGCCGAGCGAGGAUUUGACCUCACGGGCGUACGCGUACGAGGUGAUUGGACUGUUGGCCAAAGCAGGACCGAAGAGCCUGUUGGUGGAAAGCGACCAUGUCUCAUUGGACGUGUUGAGAUGGCUGUUCGAGUCUCUCGCCCGGGACACAUCGGGUAACUCGAUCACGGUCAGCAUCGAAGAGUCAUUAUCGACAAUCCUCGGCGGGAUGGAUCGCUUUACCUUGGAGCUGCACGAACAACAGGUCUUGCAAGAGCUUCUCAUCGAACAGACGGUCUUGUCCGACGACCUGGAAAGCAACUCGCGGCUUCGCAGCACACGCUAUGUGGCUGUGAGGUACGCCAAUCGAUGCUUACCGUACUCUUCUGUCAAAGCGCGUUGGGUCAACGUGCUUGCUGCGGGAGCUGUCUCGGAUAGGGCAGAAGUCCGCGAAGAAGGGCAACGCGGUCUGAGUCCACAUUGGUACCGAAUGCUCAAUGGGACGAGCGACAACGCCGACGGCGUAGAGAUUACAUUUCCGACAUUUGAGGCGGUAGUGGAAGAAUUCUUCGUGGCUCAGACCAAAGUCACCAGCGACGAUUCGAGGAUUAUUACACGAAGAGCGAGAGAACUGCACGAGUCUUCCUUCGCAUCUAUGACCGCUUUCGCGCGUCGUGUCCUCGUCCAAGAAGCAUUAAAGCGAGCAAAUGUAUCGCUCAAGCUCGAUAGCGAGUGGGAGCGGCGGCUGGAUGCCAUGACCGAGUCCGAUCUUCCCGCAAGACAGGCUACCAAGGCCUAUAUAUCGAGGCUCACUGCAUACUCUGCAAAGUCAGUCGAUACACUCCUCUGUGCUUUGUUCGAAUGCAUCACGCUCAAGGUCGCUUCGGAUGAACAGGAUCGCCUCGUCGAAUUCCUGGCACUCAGUCCAGAUGCGCUCAUUGCGAAGCAUGUGGAGCGAGGAACCGCUCUUUUGCCAGUUCUCAAAUCGAACAACCCCCAUCGCCGCAUGGCAGCAGCGCAGGGUUUUGGCAUAUUGGCUUCCCACGAGAAGUCAGCGCCAGCAUUUGCUAUUCAAGAGCUUCUCGAGACUGCCGGGUCGUGGAAAUCAGCAGUAGGCAGCAGUGUAAGCUCUGUACAUGGCGCUCUUGUAGCGCUCGCUUUCUACUAUAGCAGAUUGACCUACCGCGGCGAAUCAGUGGUUAAUUCAGAGGACUACGAACAGUUCCUCCAGACUCUCUUUGGCAUAUUCACGGAUGCCCAGGACGUAUUGCUCCAGGAAGCUACCUUUGUUGCCAUAGGACAGUUGUGCAUAUUUGGAUGUCUCACUCCCGACCUCAUCGAGCAGCAUUCGUCACUACGCAAAGUGUCUGAUAAGCUCUAUCAAAAGGCAAAGGACAGCAACGAGCCUGCGAUACUCUGUCUCGGUCAGCUGUCCAUGGUGAUACCGGAGGACAGUGAGGAGCUCCAGCACAUUCUCGAGAAUCUGCACAAACUCCACGAAGUGCGACAAGCCGAAAUACACUUCACAGUAGGCGAGGCUCUCUCAUACGUGGCGAGCGGAUGGCAAUCGAGUGCUCUCGCCACCAAAGUCGACAUCGAGGUGACUCCAGCGCCCGAGUUAGGAGAGCCCCGGGGAAACACACUCGGCAAGCUGGUCGACAAGGUGCUCGCGGAUUGCGCAAAUACGAAGCCAGCGUUGAAGAAGGCUGCCGUGAUGUGGCUGCUCUGCUUGGUACAGUUCUGUGGCGAGCAACUACAGAACCGGCUGUCCAAGUGCCAAGCUGCAUUUCGAAGGUGUCUUGCUGACCGCGAUGAGCUCGUCCAGGAGAGCGCUUCUCGAGGGCUGGGACUAGUGUAUGAGAAGGGGGAUCGAGCACUCAAGGAUGACUUGGUUCGAGAAUUGGUGUCGUCCUUCUCCUCGGAUCGGCAGGCACUUGCGGGCAGUGUUUCAGCGGAUACACAGCUUUUUGAGCCAGGAAUGCUGCCUACAGGGGACGGUUCCGUGUCCACUUACCAGGACAUCAUGAGUCUCGCGUCGGAAGUGGGCGACUCCAGCCUGGUGUACCAGUUCAUGUCGAUGGCAUCGUCGAAUGCGAUCUGGUCGAGCAGAGCUGCAUUUGGACGUUUCGGACUGAGCAAAGUCCUAUCCGAUUCCAGCGUCGACGGAUAUCUUUCAAACAACCCCAAGCUAUAUCCGAAGCUGUUCAGGUAUCGAUUCGAUCCCAACGGCGGCGUGCAGCGCUCCAUGAAUGAGAUCUGGACCGCUUUGGUUCCGGACUCUGCCGCAACGAUUGACAAGCACUUUGAUGCCAUCAUGAAAGAUCUUCUGGAGAGUAUCCUGGGAAGAGAGUGGCGCGUGCGGCAAGCGUGCUGUGCGGCUAUCGCUGACCUGGUCCAAGGCAGAUCUCUCGAAAAGUACGAGAAAUAUCUCGAGCAGAUCUGGGCGCAAUGUUUCCGGGUGCUCGACGAUAUCAAGGAAUCUGUUCGGGUGGCGGCGGCGUUUCUGGCGAGGACACUCACGGGGGUGGUGUCAAAAGCUCUCGAGGCUGAUCACGGUUCCACCAAAAAGGCGUCUGCCAUGCUCAAACAUGUCUUGCCGUUCUUGCUCUCACCUUCGGGUGUAGAGUCGACUGCCUCGGAAACACAGCGCUUCUCCGUCCUCACUUUGCUCGAGAUCAUUAAGAAGGCCAGUGGGGCGACCUUAAGACCCUUUAUUCCUGAGCUUGUGGAGAGAUUAAUCGGCUUGCUGAGCGCGGUGGAACCGGAAGCCGUGAACUAUGUUCAUCUCAACGCAGCACAGUACGAUCUGACCCAGCAGAAACUUGAUGAUAUGCGACUGGGACACGUCCGCACGAGUCCUUUAAUGGAAGCCAUCGAGCGCUGUCUAGAUCUGCUGGACGAAGACAUCAUGAAGCAGCUGCAGCCCCGACUGGAGAGUGCCAUGAAGAGCGCUGUGGGCCUGCCUUCCAAGGUGGGCGCGAGUCGGGUCCUGGUCUCUCUCGCCACGCGUCGUCGGUUGCUGUUCCAACCCUUUGCAGACGCGACGUUGAAGCUGCUCGAGCGGCUCGUGAUCGAUCGUAACGACACCGUGACCAGCUCGUACGCAGCUGCCGCGGGCUAUGUGGUGCGCUGCGCAUCCGAGAAGCAGACGUUCCGCUACAUCGACUUUGCGAAGAAGCUGUACUUCGAAUCUGAAGGCGACCGCGAGUCCGUGAGCCCCCGUCGAAGCAUCGCUGCGGGUGAGCUCAUGUUGGCAUUUGCAAAGAACGCUGGGGAUCGGUUCAACGCCUUUGCCACUGCCGCUUUGCCAUUCGUGUAUGUUGGUAAACACGACUCCCACGAGCAGGUCCAGGAAUACUUCAAGGACACGUGGGAGGAGGCGGCGGGGGCAGGCGGAUCGCGAGCAGCGCAGUUGUAUCUCAAGGAAAUUCUGGAAUUGUGUAUGACUUACCUGGACUCGCCGCAAUGGGCCGUGAAGCAUACCGUAGCGCGCACUGUAGCUGAAGCAACCAAGGCUGCGUGCACGGGCGAGUCUCCGCUUUCCGCAGCCACGGGCGGAGUGCUGUGGCCCGCCAUCGAGAAGGCUUUGUCGAUGAAAACGUGGGACGGCAAGGAGGUGGUGGUGAUGGCAUUCGCCCAGUUCGUGGAGUCUGCCCAGUUAUACUACACUGCGCAGGAGCCCGUGCGCGUUGCCAUUGUGAAGAUUGCGAUUCGGGAAGCCAAGCGGCAGAACGCAGCGUAUCGUCCACACUCGAUGUCGGCCCUCGCCCGUAUUGCGUUGGCUCGGACUGACGUGGACAUCAGCGACGCGGUGUUGGCCGCUGCUGCGCCGGUGCUGAGCGAGGGUCCGGACGAGGAUGCCAUGGAAAUUGAUGGUACGGCUGAUAGGCGCAAGGCCGAUGAGAUCAAAGAAACAACUGCUGCAGCAGCCAUCGAAGCCAUGUUCGCCUGUAUCAACCCUCAGGCGCUGGACAACGUCGCACUCACUGGCAUGGUCUCUCGUGCCCUACACGAGGUGGCUGCAGCAAAAACGGCGACGACGGCACGUAGCCUACGGAGCACCUUUGCAGGCCUCCAGAACAUGUUCGAUCGGAUACGGAGACAUGAGCGAACAGUGUCGCUGGAUCGGGCAGCCAUUGCAGACGUCAAGACCCUCCUAUUUGGCGCACCGGUGUCGAUCGAAAGCAUUCGGGUGAUGAGGGCGCAGGCGGUUCUCGCAUCCGUGACCUGCGUACCGAAUCUGAAGCAAGAAAUGGAGGGGGAUGUUGGUGCUUUGAUGGCGGAUGAAGUUUCAGUGGAGGUCCGCCAGAUUCUAGAUUCUGCGGUGCAGAGGCCGUGAUAGGGAGGUACAGGAUACUUUUUGUUUCUUCUGUACUCUGUACGACUGCUCGCGUGGCUCACACGUGGGUGGUGGUUGGUGGUUGAUGGGUGCUUGGUUGGUGGCAGAGGCUAGAUUUGCGCCUCGCUGCAGCCAUUCGUGCACUGGAGGAGGAACUGCUUCGAGACUGAGACAACCUGCUCCCGGGGGCAGACUAUAAGGGGGGCUGAGACAAUCCAGACAAAGCCCUCGCCGGGAUUGAGCCACACCUCUACGCCUCUUUGGAGUGGCUACCCCAAGUACUACUUACACGACAGCUGUAGGUAGAUUACUUACGACUAACAAGCAGAAAAGCCAGCCUCUUUGCCAAUAACCACUAACCACUAACCACUAACCACUAACUACGUACCUUGCGCCAGCGACCGGCCAUAUGCCCGGAUGGAUCAUCAUCGUCAUCAUCAUCAUCGAUCGAUCGGCAUCGCCCACUCGACUCUACUCGGGUUCAACAGAAACGAUCAGCACAACGUGGCAGCCACUGGUCCUUCCCAUCCCUCCGUCUGCAUGGUUGGCGGUGGUGGUGCUGGUCGUUUCACCUCGGACUUCUCAGCCAAGCCAAAGCCAAGCCACACGCCAGACAAUUCACUUCACUUCUCGGAGGAGGAGAAAGUUGGCAGUCCUGAGGAAACCACCCUGUUUUGCGCUCUGGACGCCGACGCCGAUGAGGACGGCCGAUGUUGACGCCGAUGAGGAACGACGAGGAUGACGGACUGGGUCCGAUUGUUACCUCUCUCUCUCUCUCUUUUUCUGAACUGAUGGACUGAUUCAACUGAGUGACGCUUCGGGUGUGGUGGGUGGGUAGGUGGGUGGAUGGUGCUUUGUGAUGCCUCCUACCUGAUUCUUCUUCUACAAUAUAUCAAGUGCGAGUGACAUGUUUCUUUUUCUUGAGUUGAUAUACAUAUAUAUCUCAACAGAAGAGAAGGAGCGCUAGCUGCAACAGCAGGACAGUGCAGUACAGUGGAGAGAUUCAUUCUUCGUGAAUACGGAUAUAUAUACUUACGUACAUACAUAUCAUGGCAGGGUCGAUGUUGGGGAGGUAUUAAUAGUACUAGUACUACUUGCUGUGAAGAGUGGAGGAAAUAAAGAAGAAGGGAGAAGAAGAACGGUUUCAUCUCAUGAAGAGAGAGAGAUUGGUUCAUCGAUUGAUUCUGCACUCUUUAUUAUUCACUUUACUCUUCUUCGAGGAACGAUCAACAGAAUUUCGUCCGCGCAAGACGAAGAAGAUAGACCACCUUUUUUUCUUGCCGUCGGUCACUUUGACCUCCUUUCAUUCUUACGACGGACGGGAAAGGAAAGAUCAUCAUCAUGCAAGAACACGGAGGGCGCGGCGGUUGGGCUUCUUCGCAGCAGAAGACACGCACCAGUCAUCACCUACAACCUCUGGCUCCGCGGACGGACAAGCUCGAUUCUUCUUCUUCUAUGCACUUUCGUCCAUCUGGCUUAACCGCAACUUCAACUUCAUCUUCCACCUCGGCGGGUUCCAGCAGGGCCACUCGUCUGUCACAUCGCUCUCGAGCUGGUUGUUGGACGUGUCGUGGCAGAAAGGUGAAAUGUGACGAAACUCGCCCCCGAUGUGGACCCUGCACAAGACUCAACAGAGAAUGCGACUGGCAUCAUCGAUGGAACUUCAGCGAUGCUACUCCGACCGUCCAGGUCAGAUUCCAGAAUGUGGUGAAGAAAGAGGGCAAUGUGGUGUGGGACCCCAAGGCCGCACAGGAGAGGAACAGAAGCCCCCUCCCCCUUUCAGACCACUUACCCGACUUUUCAGUGCUCACUUCGGACGAGGACCGAGAGAGAAAGGCUGUGGUACAUAAGCCAGGCACGUUUGGCGUCGUGGUCACGCCGGACAGCUUUCGUGAUUUGCCGGAAUAUGCGACUGUGGGCCAUUCUUCGUCGUUCAGGAGUCGACAAGGGGGAUCUGGCCGCCCUGGGUCUGAAAUCGGCCGAUCUGUUGCGCUCCCCAUCGAUACCAAUACUGUCAUACUGGACAAGUUCGAGGAUGUCUCGCCUGUAAAAGUAGCCUCGACCUCAUCCUCUGGAGGCGGCCGUAGUGAAGACUUUGGCGAGCACAUGCAGCGGCUUUCCAUCACCUCGCCACCGCCGCCGCCACCAUACAUUCCCAGUGUAAUCAUAGCACCCAUCAAUCCUACUGUGUCACAAGACCAUCAUCUGCUCCAACAUUUUCGAAACUACAUCGUUCCACGGCUUGUCCAGCCGCAGGCAGAUGGAAUCAUUUCUCAAGGCUCGACCAGAGAUGUUUUAGAACGUGAAGCUUUACGCUUCCCCCCUUUACAUCAUGCAAUAUGUGCCAUCAGUGCACUCCAUCUGGCAUACAACGGCCAAUCUUCCUUGGCAGAAGCCAUGCAGCAUUAUCAUCAAGCUCUCGCGGUUUCCUCCACCACCACC